GCGUGACGUCACCGCCCGUUGGAGAAAUUUUCACGGCGCCAUUUUGAAGACGCUGCGCGAGGCACCGUGUGUCCCGCGUCUCUCUCUGUCGGCCCAGAUCGCAGACGUCGCACGCGGUGAGGAGGAUGAUGAUGUCUAACAGGAACCUGAAGCAAGUGCGCAUCGAGAAGAACAACGGGAGCGGCGGCAGCAGCGACAUGAUGUCUCCUCCUCAGCAGCAGAUGGUGCACGGAGGGGGGAAGAACAAUAACAAGCGCAACCUGGAGGAGGGAGACCCGGCCUUCAUGCCGCCCAAGAUGGACGAGGGGGAACCCGAGGAGCGCGGGGUGACCAUCGACAUCAAGAGCCUGCUGAAGCCCGGGGAGAAGAGCUACACCCAGCGCUGCCGCCUCUUCGUGGGGAACCUGCCCACCGACAUCACCGAGGACGAUUUCAAGAAGCUCUUCGACAAGUACGGGGAACCCAGCGAGGUGUUCAUCAACCGGGACCGGGGCUUCGGCUUCAUCCGGCUGGAAUCAAGAACACUUGCUGAAAUUGCAAAAACAGAACUUGAUGGUUUGGUGCUCAGAAACAGACCUCUCCGUAUCCGUUUUGCUACCCAUGGAGCAGCGUUAGUGGUUAAAAAUCUUUCUCCUGUGAUCUCAAAUGAGCAUCUUGAAGAGGCAUUCUCCAUGUUUGGCCCAGUUGAGCGAGCUGUUGUCAUAGUUGAUGAUCGUAGCAGACCUACUGGAAAGGGGUUUGUUGAAUUUGUUGCAAAACCUCCAGCAAGAAAGGCUCUUGAGAGAUGUACUGACGGCGCAUUCAUACUGACAACCACACCUUUACCGGUUAUUGUGGAACCGAUGGAGCAACUUGACGAUGAAGAUGGUUUGCCAGAAAAAUUCAUGCAGAAGACUCAACAGUAUCUAAAGGAAAGGGAGGAGCCACCACGGUUUGCUCAGCCAGGGACAUUUGAAUUUGAAUACUCCUCAAGAUGGAAAGCACUAUUUGAGAUGGAGAAACAGCAGAAAGAGCAAGUUGAAAGAAACAUCAGAGAAGCUAAAGAGAAAUUGGAGGCGGAGAUGGAAGCGGCACGACAUGAGCACCAGCUCAUGCUCAUGAGGCAAGAUCUUAUGCGACGCCAAGAAGAGCUUAGAAGGCUUGAAGAAUUAAGGAAUCAGGAGCUUCAAAAGCGGAAGCAGUUUCACAUGAGACACGAAGAAGAGCACAGACGGCGUGAAGAAGAGAUGAUUCGUCAGCGCGAGCAGGAGGAACUUCUGCGGCAGGAAAGUUUCAAGUCUGCAUUCAUGGACGCCAGAGAACAGGAAAUGAGAAUGGGUGAUAUGGGCAUCCGUGGAGCAAUAAACAUGGGAGAUACCUAUAGCCCAGCACCUGCUGGUAACCAAGGUCCACCUCCUCCAAUGAUGGGGAUGAACAUGAACAACCGACCAACUGUUGCAAGCCCUUCAAUGGGUCCUGGACCUGGUCCUUCGAUGGGCUCUGAAGGAGCUGCAAACCUGGGAGCUGCUAUGAUUCCUGAUAAUGGAGCAGUGCGCAAUGAUAGAUUCUCACAGCCAUCUCCAUCACAAAUGGGAUCUCCCAUGGUUAACAGAGCAGGAACUGAAGCUGCUCAGCCAGCAAUGGGUGGUGUAAAUGCUGUUGGUGGUGCACCUGUUGGCUAUGGUAGAGGAAGCCAAGGGGGAAGCUUUGAUGGAUCUAACAAACGUCGCCGUUAUUAGUACGUCUAUCCAUACUGUGUAGAAAACAUGUAGUCAAUAAAUUCCAGUGGAAUGCAUUUUUUUUUAUUUUAGAACUUUUGUUUUUGUCUUAAUGCUAGCUUUUGUAGUAGAUUUUUGUUAUGUAACUCAUACAUUUUGUGUUUUGACUAAUAAUGAGAUUGAUCAUGCCUCAUUGUGAAAGCUGAAUGUGACUGAUUUAAUCUUUGUUUAUAGUGGUGUAAAAUGUGCAGUUAUAUAAUUACAAUAAAGAUGAAACAUCCUUUGAAUUGUUUAAUAAAGCAAUUUUAAAGGCAGGA